AUGCACCUCAAGUCUGUGAUCACCCGCCCGAUGAAGUUCGCUCAAGACUGCCUGUUCUCCAGGGUUGCCUAUGAGAGCCACGACUAUACCUUCUUCGACUUCGACUACUUCGACUGGCUGGAGCACCCGUGGGCGUGGUGGAUCAUGUACCAGGACUGCAAGGCGGCGCACACCGAGGCGGAACUCAAGAAGGAAGAGGCCGAGGUUCCCCCGAAUUAUUGCGAUGAUGCCGAAGGAUACGAGCGAUUCAAGCGGGGCCGCCAUGCAUCGUACCUCUUCUUGUACACCGAGGGCAAGGCCCCUGUAUGGACAGGCGAGAUGGGGACAAACAAGAGGAGUGUCACGGAUUGUUACUGGCAGCAUUUGCUCAAGCUGUACAAAGAAUUCGAUUCCAGCUGGUGCUACUGGCCAGUGGAUCCGAUCAGAGGCCCGAUAGACAACAAGGCCGACACCUAUGGGCUAUUCGACCCCAGUUUUAAAGAUUAUAGGGCAGUGGUUGGUUGGAGGUUGCAAGACCUCAUUUCAAUUCAGGGAACGCGAUCGGACUUUCCCUCGUCCGCGCUGGUGCCAGAGACUUGUGUGUUUGAUGUCACGGCGAACGAAGCUUCUGUCCAAUCGGUCACGACACUGUGGGAAAUGCUUACAACAACGAACUGGUCUUUCUGGUCAUUGUUGUGGUUCCUGUUAUUGGUGCUAGCCUGUCUAGCGUGUUGCAUCCCUGUGAAAUGUUGUGCGUACCUGUGCUUGCAAAGAAAAAGAGGUGUGGUGCCCCAAGACCAGGCAAGGCUGCUGGAGAAGCAAUGGUACGCAGAAGAGUUGUCGUCAUUAAUUUCGACUCGUGCUUCGUGCGCGCAGGGAGAGCUCCAGAAGGGGCCCACAUGCGGCUCACAGGCGUUGAUGCCUGAAUCAGAAGCGGGGGGCUAG